UUCCCUGUUUUGGCUGAGUGCUCAGAUAAAUCGCUGUGCCGCUUCAUAAACCUGUUGGCGCGAGCUUGUCAAGAUGUUUGUCUGAUUUUUUUGUGAUGUCAAACUCUGUGGACUAAUGAGGGCUAGCGUCUACAUAAUGUUCAAAAUUUCAGAAUGGAGCUGGAUCUAAACUCUUCCAACAUGUCUGUGGAGUCCUUAAAACCCGAGCAGGGGCCUGUGGAGUACCGCAUUUCAGGCCUGAUCUUUUACUGCUUCAUCUUUGUCAUAGGAGUGAUAGUCAAUCUCACUGCCUUAUGGGUGUUUUCUCUCACCACCAAGAAGAGGAACUCCGUCACCGUCUACAUGAUAAACGUGGCGGUGGUGGACCUCACCUUCAUCCUGCUGCUCCCCUUCAGAAUGGUCUACCACCACCAGGACUAUUGGCCCUUUGGGGACAUUUUCUGCCGAAUCAGCGCAGCUCUCACCAUCUUCUACCCCUGCAUGGCCCUGUGGCUUUUCGCUCUGAUCAGCGCCGACCGCUACAUGGCCAUCGUCCAGCCAAAGCACGCCAAAGAGCUGAGGAAUGUCCCAAAGGCUGUGGUGGCCAGUUUGGGGGUGUGGCUCAUGACUCUGGGCAGCACUGUGCCGCUGCUCUUCUCCGAGGACGACCCCGAUCGCAUCUCCAACUUCACCACCUGCAUUAAGAUGCAAGACAUCAUCCACAUGCGGCACGACAACCUCGUCAACUUUGUGCGCCUCAUCUUCUUCUUCCUGGUUCCCAUUUGUAUAAUGAUAGGCUGCUAUGUCGUCAUUGUGGAUAAUCUGAUACACGGGCGCACCUCGAAACUCAAACCUAAAGUGAAGCAGAAGUCCAUCCGGAUUAUAAUCACGCUGAUUAUCCAAGUGUUAGUGUGUUUCGUGCCUUUCCAUGUGUGUUUGGUGCUUCGUCUGGUGGGGACAGGCAGAGACGGGGGGUUCAGCACAUGGGCUGUCUUCACCACGUUUUUGAUGAACCUGAGCACAGUGCUAGACAUCAUUCUGUACUACAUCGUCUCCAAGCAGUUCCAGGACAGGGUGAUCAGCGUGAUUCUGUACAGGAACUAUCUGCGAAGUGUGAGACGGAAGAGCAGGCACACGCACACCGGUAGCAUCCGAUCAAUGAGCAACCUGACCAGCGCGAUGAUAUGAAACAACCGUCAAACUUUCACGUCAAAAAACGGCAGACUCGUAUGUAGAGUGCACACUUCGGCACAAUGUAACACUGAAUGCUUCAGUGUGUACAUGGUUCAUUAUCAAAAGGAUCAAAACUUGCAAUUAAUUUCCAAGGUGUAAUUUACACUCACAGUAUGGGAGUGCUGCUGUUGUGGCAAAAACAUCUGUGUUCAGAGCUGAUUGACUCACCCAUGAGACUUGAGAUGUUUUCUGUGCAUCUUUGCUCUGGCAGACAAAGCACGACUAUCUGUGGCUCAGGUGUAAUACAGUCAGGCGAAAAUAAAGCUCGUGAUCAUUAAAAACAUA